AUGUCCAAAACUUAUAUAUCUGCUAAUUACAGCAUUAUUAAAAGCAAUAUUUUAAAAUUGCUUCAAUCAGGAAAAGACCUUGACACGCAUUCAAAUGAUAGGGAUAUUAUGAUCCUAAUCGAACGUUUAUUGGUGUCACCAGCGUCAGGAACCGCAAAAUCAAUCUGGCCAUACCUCGAAGAGUUAUUAAAAACGCUGUUGAAAGCAUUUUUGUGUGUUAGUAAGCCAGUUAUAUCCAGUUUAUGCAAAACAUAUGAAUUUGUCGGCAAAGAAUUUCUUAAAUAUAUUAUUCAAGUAUGGGGGUGUAUUAUAUUUUGGUUCGAGAAAAUUAACGCACAGUUUCGAUUCUGGUUUGGAAAAAUUGAACUGCAGCUUGAGCCAAGUCUCGAAAUUUUUGUAGUCAAUCCAGGCGUCAAUUAA